AUGCGAGUGCUCAUUUUAGUUAUUUUGGUCGUUGGCUGUGUUAGCAGUGCUCAAAUUCUGAUCGAUAACGUACGAAUCUCUUCGAGCGGUUCAUCCAGCGCCACAACUUCAAAAGCUACUACCAAACCAACUACGACUUCAAAAGUUACUACCAAACCAGUUACGACUUCAAAAGCUACCACUAUGCUAGCUGUGACUUCAAACGCUACUACCAAACCAGUUACCACUUCAAAAGCUACCACUGGGGCAACUACGACUUCAAAAAUUACCACUAGGCCAACUACAACUUCAAAAGCUACUACCAAACCAGCUACGACUUCAAAAGCUACUACCAAACCAACUACGACUUCAAAAGUUACUACUAAACCAGCUACGACUUCAAAAGCUACUACAAAACCAGCUACGACUUCAAAAGUUACUACCAAACCAGUUACCACUUCAAAAGCUACCACUAGGGCAACUACGACUUCAAAAGCUACCACUAGGCCAAGUACAACUUCAAAAGCUACUGCCAAACCAGCUACGACUUCAAAAGCUACUACCAACCAGCUACGGCUUCAAAAGCUACUAGUAUCAUGGGUAUCAAAUCGGUGA